AGCUACCGCACAGUACAAAUGGAUUCGCUGUAUAGCCAAUGGAUAGCAACCGAAAGAUUGGAUAUAAGCAAUGGGUGAUCGUAAGCAUCUUCCACUCGGAGCGCUGCGUCAGGGCCAGAUAAGCUCAGUCACCCAGUCAGGGUGGGUGAUUAUGUUCCCUCCCGACCCGAGAGCAAACAUGCGACAGGCAUAUUUAAAUUAUUCCGCCUUGGCCUGCUGCUCGGAUCUCCAAUGGCGGAGGCUGCUUGGAUCGCAAGACGCUCUCUGGUUGCUGUUUCCGUUGCUGGCGGAGACGGUUGCUUGGAUAGACGAAACAUGGAGAACAACACAUCUGUCCUUAAUUGGCAUCAUCUUCUCUUCCGCGACCGUUGGAGUGCUUCCAAAAGAACUCCGCCGCAAAACUUUGACCGAAUCGAUUAUGUACUGCUGCCAAAAGGUGUCGAAUGCGGUUGAUGGAAGGCAGACUGAAAAUAGCCUCAAUUGCGCGGAUAAAGUUCGUUUCACACUGCCCAAAACAUGUGCACUCUUCAAGUGCUGUAAGCCGUUGUUGGCGUCUUCGUGGCAAGGUGGAUUAAGGAGUUCGCUGGGGAUUGCAACAUGGAAGCCCAGGAUCCGACUGCCCAUUUGCGAGGGACCUGGGAAUAUCUGAGCUGAGGAUGCGUCGCUUCGCGGUCCGUGGAUUUCAUGUGUUACUGCUCGAUUUACGUGGCCAAACGUGCCAAACCAAAGGAGUAAAAGCAGUUCAUCAUUAUGUGGCGCUCUCCAACGUUAAGUGUUUUCGACAAUUUAAUUUGGUUAAAAAAAAAAGUUCGGUCGGUGGGAAAGACGUCGAACUGCUCAUCGGCGGAA